GAUUGUUAUCCAAGCGAACCUUCUGGUGGUUGUCCAGGAAUCUUGCCAAGCCCUGCAGCUCACCCUGGCAGAAGGUCUUGGCCCUCAGGGGUACGCUACAGCAAGGGGUCUACAGCCUCCACAGGAAAGCAGCCUUUCAUAUUGGGCUUCCUCUCUCCCAAGGGGAAAAAAGAAAGAUCACCAAUGGCUGAAGGCUGUUGCAGCACAGUCACAGGAAGAGCUUGCUUUGUGCUCAGCAGAGAGCACCACACCUCAGCCUCUUGCUUUUAGCAGAGCUCACCAUUGAUAAAGUAUCAGCCUACCUGACCAUUAUGGCAACUGUAGAAGCCAUACCUGAAGGAGCAGAAGGUUCUGUAUUAGAAGCUACCCAGCAAGACUUUUUGCAAGAAGCAAAAUCUCUUAUUGCUCAACAUUACAAGAGAAUAAAUGAGAAUAAGCCUCAAGUUACUUCUAUAAAUGUUUUUAAAAAUAAACAACAAAAGCCAAAAACUGGCAGGUUCAUACCUUUUGAGAUUAAGAAAAGUGAAAUCCUUGAUAUAGUUCAAGAACAUCGGAUGAUACUCAGAAGCAUUAACUAUCCCAAAGAGACUUUCAAAUGCCCACCUUCAAAGGAAGACUCAGAGCAAAUUUCCUCAUCGAAGCCACAUGUUUUGAAUUUAAAAGAGAAGUACCAGCCUGAAGAUCCUUUACAAAAAGAACAAGUUAAACUGGGUAAAAUAAUAACUGAUAUUGAAUCUGUAAGUAAGAAAAUGGAGAAAGAAAAGCAGCUACGUCUCAAGAAACCCAGAAUGUUGGAAUCCUUCCAUUCCCAUGUUGGCUUGAAUUUACAAAAUCUGACCUCUUCUCUGGGACAUCUGAGAGGACCUGCAGAGAAAAUGCUUUAUGAUUGGCGAAGCUUUGCAUGGAGGAGGUCUUCUCGUCCACCUCAUGAGUCUACUCAGAGCUUAGCUGGAUCAUCAGGAAUAUUUAAGGAUUAUUAUAUGAAAUCCCAUAAGAAGAAAGAACUACCUACCAAGACAGACCAGAAGCCAAGCAAAAGGGCAAAAGCUGUUCCAAAGUCCGAUAAAUUAGACAGUAAAGUUAAAAGAAUUGGACCACACAUAGAAAUUUACCAACUGUUCCAGGAAAGAAACAAACUCAUAUUUACUAAAAGAAUUGUUAAACUGAUUACCAUCACACAAGCAUUUAUCAGGGGAUGGCUUGAACGCAAAAGACUUCAAAGACUAAAGACUAAGGCUUUGUAUCAUGGACCAAAUUUAAAAGCAGUUAUCAUGAUGUAUCAGUUCUUAAUCUACCGUAUUAGACAUCGACUUGGUCUUUGGAGGACAAGACAGAUUAUAAACUUUGGAGAGUUAGAGGAAUGGAUGGAUAGGAAAAAAUUCUAUGAAACCAUGUUUGCCAAGAGAGAGGACUGGCAAGGGUUAGAGAGAAGUGAGCUGAUGAAGUACUUCAACGACUGCGGCCAUUUCCCCACACAGAGCCAGAUGGACGAGUACUGGGACCUGUUCCACAGACAUAGCCAAGGAAAAUACUCUGAAGUAAUCAAAAAGUCCAACGCAAUUGAGCUGUUAUUUACACUCUACCCUCCUCAAGGUGCCAGAGUGAACAUUAGCACAAGACUCCGGUCCACGUGGCUGAGACCUAUAGUGGAUGGAGAAGAAGGCUAUAAGUAUAUUGUGAGUGGACAUCCGAUACUCAAGAGAGCUAAUAUCCAGACUGCUGGCAAGUUGGUGGCUAACUCCAUAAGAGAAAGGAAAAUGAGACAAUUUUAUAAAUCAUGAGAAGUGGAAUAAAGUUUUCAACACAGUACUCCUUUAAAUGGUUGAAUUGAUCUCCUCAGAAGUGCAUAUUAGUAAUGACCACAGAAUGAUUUGCUAUCAACAAGGAUAAAAGACAAACAUCUUUGCAUAUGCAAAAUGGGACAUUGACAAGUUAGUCCAUUAUUUAUAAGUGUGUUUAGAUGAGUACUCUUUGUCUUCUUAAUUAAACAUCUACUAAUCAUAAUGAAA